CUAAUUCAAAGUAUAACAACUCCUUUUAUCACAAGUUCUGUGCCGAAACCAGAGUGAGCACUGAGAAGUUAGGACCCUUCCCGCGCUCGGAAGUCGGGAGUCUGAACUUAAUAGGGUUUAUUAAGCUGCUCGGUUGAAGUAUUGUCGUUGAGAAAGAUCUUCAACCAAGCUCCGGAAAAUCAAUUUGCGGCCUUUGCAACAAUGGAGGUGGAUAUGGAAACCUCACCCAGCAGCUUUGACCCUGAAAAUCUCAGUAUCAGACAGCGUUUCCGUCGAUACGGCAAAAGACAUUCUCCUUCAAGUUUAUCUCCUCGCCGAGAAAAUCCAGUUAGUAGGUUAGCUGAGGUUAGGUCAAAUUCAGCUCUUUUUCUUGAAAGUAUCAAACAAGAAGCUGAAAGCAUUGAUGAAGACCAUGGAACAACACCUCUAAAGAUGCAUCAUAGUCCAGUAUGGAGAGCUUCCCCCGAGAAUCAUGGAAUUUCUGCGAUUGACUUUGGCAUUGAUGUUAAUAGCCAAGGUGGAAGCAUUUCCCUUAAAACAUGCAAGAAGGAGCAUGAUGCAGUGGAAGAUAAUGAGGGCACAACCUUUUAUUUAUUUGCUUCUCUGCUGGAUUCAGCUCUUAAAGGGUUAAUGUCUAUGCCUGAAUUGGUGUUACAGUUUGAGAAUUCUUGCCGCAAUGUUUCAGAGUCAAUCAGAUUUGGCUCUAAUGGACAUCGCAGAAUUGGGGAGGACAAGUUGAUGAAGCAGAAAGCGAGAUUGUUGCUUGAUGAGGCUGCAUCAUGGUCGCUCCUGUGGUAUCUUUAUGGAAAAGGAAAUGACAAGCUCCCUAAUGAUCUAAUAAUGUUCCCAACUACUUCACAUUUAGAGGCUUGCCAGUUUGUUAAUGGAGAUCUAACUGCACAGCUCUGCCUUCGGAUUGUUCAGUGGCUUGAAGGGUUAGCCUCAAAAGCCCUUGAUUUUGAUAAGAAGGUGCGAGGGUCUCAUGUAGGUACCUAUCUCCCAAGUUCUGGAGUUUGGCAGCAGACUCAGCGUUUCAUAAAGAAAGGUUCUUUGAAUGCAAAAACAGUUAGUCAUUUAGAUUUUGAUGCUCCUACAAGGGAACACGCUCAACUAUUACCCGAUGACAAGAAGCAAGAUGAGUCACUUCUUGAAGAUGUUUGGACCUUUAUAAGGGCGGGAAGACUGGAAGAAGCGUGCAACCUCUGCCGUUCUGCUGGGCAGCCUUGGAGGGCAGCAACUUUAUCACCAUUUGGAAGGUUUGAUCAUUGUCCCUCUAUUGAAGCCCUGAUAAAAAACGGAAAGACCAGGGUUCUGCAAGCCAUUGAACUGGAAACUGGCAUUGGUCAUCAACGUCGUCUUUGGAAGUGGGCUUGUUAUUGUGCAUCAGAGAAAAUUGCUGAGCAAGAUGGAGGGAAAUAUGAAACUGCAAUUUAUGCAGCACAGUGCAGUAACUUAAGGCGCAUUCUUCCCAUGUGUACAGACUGGGAGUCUGCCUGCUGGGCAAUGGCCAAGUCAUGGCUGGAUGUCCAGGUUGAUAUGGAAUUGGCACGCCUGCAGCCAGGCGGAAGAUAUCAGUUUAAACAUUUUGAAGAAGCAUUUGACCAAAGUCUGGAACAGGAAAGUGGUGCUUCUCAGUCAGCAGUGGGUCCGGAUGGCUGGCCCCUCCAAGUGAUGAAUCAGCAACCAAGGCACCUUACUGCAUUGCUCCAGAAACUCCAUUCCAUUGACACUGUGCAUGAAGCUGUUGCUCGAUCUUGUAAAGAGCAGCAGAGGCAAAUUGAGAUGAAUCUUAUGUUAGGUGACAUUCCUCAUAUGCUAGACCUUAUCUGGUCAUGGAUUUCACCAGCUGAAUAUGAUGAAACUAUGUUUAGGCCUCAUGGUGAUCCACAGAUGAUGCGAUUUGGUGCACAUCUUGUACUUGUAAUUCGGUAUUUACUAGAUGAUCAGAUUAGUGAUGACUUCAGGGAGAAAGUAAUGACAGUUGGUGAUCUUAUUAUUCACAUAUAUGCCAUGUUUCUUUUUACAAAUCACCAUGAAGAGUUAGUUGGGAUAUAUGCAUCUCAACUCGCUGGUCAUCGUUGCAUCAAUCUGUUUUUGCAUAUGAUGGAGUUGCGUCUUAACAGCAGUGUCCAUGUCAGAUAUAAGGUCUUUCUUUCUGCCAUUGAGUACUUGCCCUUCACUAAUGAAGAUGAUUCAAAAGGCAGUUUCGAAGAAAUCAUUGAAAGGGUCUUGUCGAGGUCUCGAGAAAUUAAAGAUGAAAAGCCAGAUAGCCUAAAUGAUGUUACAGAGCAGCACCGCUUGCAAAGUCUUCAAAAGGCUAUGGUUGUUCAGUGGCUUUGUUUUACACCCCCUUCUACAAUCAAAGAUGCAAAUUCUGUCAGUGCCAAACUACUUGUUCGGGCGUUGAUGCAUAGCAAUGUGCUUUUCCGAGAAUUUGCUCUGAUAUCAAUGUGGAGAGUUCCAGCAAUGCCCAUUGGAUCACACACAUUACUUGGUUUACUUGCUGAGCCUUUGAAAAAUUCAACUGAAGCUCUUCUUUCUACCGGCGAUCAUGAUGCUUCUGAGAAUCUGAGGGAGUUCGAGGAUUGGAAUGCGUACUACUCGUGCGAUGCCACGUAUCGGAACUGGCUAAAACUUGAACUAGAGAAUGCAGAAAUUUCUACACUUGAACUAUCAAAUGAGGAAAAGAGUAGGGCAGUUGCAGCUGCUGAAGAAAUGCUGCAUGCUUCUUUUUUAUUGCUUCAAAGAGAAGGAAAUCCAUGGUUGUUUCCUACUCAAGAUCACAUCUUGUAUGAAUCUGAGGAACCGCUAUUCCUGGAACUGCAUGCCAUCGCAUCUUUGUGUGUAUCUACUGGGGAGUGCAUGACUCCAGAUGCCACUUUGUGUGCCACAUUGAUGAGUGCACUGUAUUCUUCAGUGAGUGAAGAAGAAGUGAUGAACCGUCAGAUGAUGAUUAAUGUCUCCAUAUCACCCAAGGACAAAUUCUGCAUUGAAGUUGUGCUACGAUGUUUGGUGGUAGAGGGCGAUGGGCUUGGUUAUCCUGAGCUACAUGAUGGUGGUAUUCUUGCUACAGUACUUGCAGCUGGCUUCAAAGGAGAGAUGCUUCAUUUUCAAGCAGGAGUAACAAUGGAAAUAUCUAGACUGGAUGCAUGGUAUUCCAGAAGUGAUGGAGCUAUUGAAAGCCCGGCUACAUAUAUAGUAAGAGGUCUCUGUCGCCGGUGUUGCAUUCCCGAAGUAAUUCUCAGGUGUAUGCAGGUUUCAGCCUCGCUUAUGGAGUCUGGCAAGCCACCUAAAAACCACGAUGGGUUGAUAGACCUAGUUACUAAUUUGGAAACCGGAUAUCUUCAUCUGUUUAGUCAGCAUCAGUUGCAGGAAUUCUUAUUAUUUGAAAGGGAGUAUGAAAUUUACAAGAUGGAGCUUCAGGAAUCUACUAUGGUGAACAUUGGAUCACACUUAGCAUUAGGAAUGGACUAGUGUAAUAGUAGUAAUAUCAAGCUUUCUGUCUCCGUUUUUUCUCAUUUUAUUUAAAUAGAGUUUUAGGAACUCAAAUUUCUCUGUUUGGGGUUAAAAGUAAAUUAUUUGUUCUAAAAACUUUGAUUGUUGGAAAUUUACAUUAACUAACUUAAUAGUUUUUUGUUAAUUCAAAAUUGCAAAUAACAUCAUGAUGAUAACAUUACUUGUACAAUUUAUUUAUUAGUGCCGAAAAUGGAGUACCAGUGAGUAAUAUUCUCUCUGUCCCACUAAGAUUGUCC